AUGCUUGUGAAGUUUCCUAUCAUGUCCAUUCUCAAUUCUUCAGAAAUUGAGAUCACCACCUUCUUCCUGAUUGGAAUCCCAGGCCUGGAGUAUGCUCAUGCGUGGAUCUCCAUCCCCAUCUGCCUCAUGUACCUGGUGGCCAUCCCGGGCAACUGUACCAUCCUCUUUGUGAUCAGGACUGAGCCCUCACUCCAUGCUCCCAUGUACUAUUUCCUUUCCAUGUUGGCCAUCUCUGACUUGGGCCUGUCCCUCUACUCCCUCCCCACCAUGCUCCGGAUCUUUGUGUUCAAUGCCACAGGAAUCUCCCCAAAUGCCUGCUUUGCUCAAGAAUUCUUUUUCCAUGACUUUACCAACAAGGAGUCCUCAGUGCUUCUGUUCAUGUCUUUUGACUGCUUCUUGGCCAUACUCAACCCCCUUAGAUACAGCUCUAUCCUCACCAGUGCCAGAGUCGCCAAAAUGGGACUGGUGUUUCUCAUUAAAAGCAUGCUCCUAGUGCUCCCAUUUCCUUUCACUCUGAAAAGACUGGCAUAUUGCCAGAAAAGCCUCCUUUCUCACUCCUAUUGUCUCCAUCAGGAUGUCAUGAAGAUGGCCUGCCCUGACAACACAGUCAACUUUUUCUAUGGUUUCUUUGUUGCACUCCGUAUGAUGUCAGACAGCAUGUUCAUUGCUGUCUCCUAUGUGUUCAUCCUGAAGACUGUGAUGGGCAUCAGAUCCCACAAAGAGAGCCUCAAGGCCCUCAAUACCUGUGCCUCCCACAUCUGUGCUGUGCUUACCUUCUAUGUACCCAUCAUUUCUUUAGCAUCCAUGCACCGCUUUGGCAAGCACAAGUCACCUAUGGCCAUGAUCCUUAUUGCGGACAUCUUCUUGCUAGUGCCACCGUUGAUGAAUCCCAUUGUGUACUGUGUAAAGACACAGCAAAUUCAUGAAAAGGUUCUAGGAAAAUUAGGUCUAAAAUAA